AUAGAAUCAACCAUAGACACAACCGUCCUUAUGGCGAUGUUGCGGGCUAAGGACGUCACCAGGUGGCGUUACUGAGGGAGAGAAGCAGCCGCAGCCAUUUGCUUCCUGUGUCGCUGCACGUGGACGUUGUUCCUGUUGUUAUGCACUUCCGUUUCCGUUUGUGGAUCACUUUCCGUUCUUGUUCCCACAAAGUCCCCAGGAUCUUAUAAGAAGAGCCGGGGAGCAUUGUACUCGAACCAUCAGAUAGUAAUUACACAGCGCUGUGUGAGCCCUGAGUGUCUCCUGUAGAAAAAGACCUGGUGAUUCCAGCUGCAGAGUAGUCGCCAGAGACACGCAGCUGCGCUAAGAAGAAUUAGGAUGGAAGAUGUAACAGACCCAGAUGAGGCUGCAUCCACACCAUUUUAUUGCAAUCUUUGUAAAAUUUCCUGCUUAUCUGCGGCCAAUCUUCAAAGUCAUUUUAUGGGUUGGAAGCACAGUAAGGCUGAGAGGCUACUCCGAAAUCAUGGGGAUAGUAAUCCAGAGAGUCCAACAAAGCCUGCUGAAUCCUUAGAGGAUCUAUUAAAUGCAUGCAAAGACACUGAACCUGCAGUAGGUCUGCAGUACAUUUAUGAGGUUCAAACUGAUCGCCAGGGGAUAACCAGAGGUUUCCAGAAGACAUUUUUUUGCACCCUAUGCAGCUGUAAUCAACUACCACUCGCACACAUGUUCAUGCAUAUUACUGGAGCUAAACACAGAAUUACUUACUUGAGUAAACAUCAUCCUUCAUUAGGUAUACCAAGCUACUUUUACGUGAAAGGUGGACAUGCUACAAAAAGGCUACAAAAAUUAAAGGAAGCCUGCAUUGCGGUUAAUAAGAAGUUUGGAAGCCAAAAAAUAAAAGUUGUGAAGGCAACAGGCAUGCCCUGGGAUACUGAAAAUGUCGACCCUCCUCCUAGUACAGAAAACGAAGCAGAUAGCAAUCUUCAGAAAAUAGACUGCACCGAUGAGGAUUUAAUUGGAACAGAUGGCAAACCCAAAGAUCCUGAACUAGAAGUCGACCCUCCUAUUACAAAUAACGAACCAGAUAGCAAUCUGCAGAAAAUAGACUGCACCAAUGAGGAUUUAAUUGGAACAGAUGGCAAACCCAAAGAUCCUGAACUAGAAGUCGACCCUCCUCCUAGUACAGAUAACGAAGCAGACAGCAAUCUGCAGAAAAUAGACUCCACCAAUGAGGAUUUAAUUGGAACAGAUGGCAAACCCAAAGAUCUUGAACGUAUUUUAACUUUCCUAGAAAUAAAGGCAGCCAAGGCAGAUCUGAUGAUAAGAGCUGGCCGUGGAAGCCGUUCUCCGGAUACUAUGGAACAACUGGAAGAUGACCAUAACAAUAAAGAAAUAACUGGAGAUGGUGGGAAAGAGGAAAAUAAUGGCAAAAACAAAGAAGUGUGCAGCAUGGAUCUUGCACAUCAUGACCCUGAAGAAUUUACAAAUAAUAAAGAGAUUAUUGAUUUCUUGGGUAGUUUCAAGAUUUUUAAACAAGAUCAUAUGUCAUUUAUGUUGAAAGUGAUUGAGAAAUUGGCAAAUGCUUUAGUCCAGUACAAGAAAUGCUGUGAAGAAAUGGAGGAAAAGAAAGUAUCAGAUUGUGAUAAAGAAGAGAUUCAUAUGAACAUGGAUGAAUUGCCUUCACUGAAGCGCACCCAUGCAGAUCAAGAAACCACAACUAACGGCCAGAUACAGGUUCCAGACUCAACCACUCAAUCAACUUCCUUCCCAACACACUCUACAGACAAGAUGCAUCCAGUUCCUAAGAUUAGAAGCACAAAACCGUUAUUUCCAGCAGAACAGUUGAAUAAAAUGGGACCCCUCACUGAAAAAAAACAGCUGGUGCCUAGUGGUUCACCAUCACGUAUACCCCAAGACUCUGUAACAAAGGACGACCAAAGCCAGAAGUUUCCAGCUUUUAAAGUGAAUGACAAAACACCUACUAAUGCAUCAAGUCCAGAGAGGCUACAAGAAUCUACAACAUCAAGCAACCAAAAGGAGAUCAUUUCAGCUGUACCAGAAUCAUUCUUAAGACCUGAUUCAACACAAGACUUUGCAACACAGGACAACCAAGGAGAGAAUUUUCCAGUUUAUAACAUUGAUCAUAAAGCAUCUGCUAGUGCACCAAGGCCAGACAGUCCACCAGACCCCAAGAGACAAAGAAUUGACAAACACCCAUUAUUUCCUGUUUCAAUGUUGGAACCUAUUACUGAAAUAAAUCCACUGGUGCCUAAGGCAGCACAAUUCUCUAUACCCCAGGACGCAACAAAGGGCAACCAAAGAGUGGAAUAUCCAACUUUUAAAGUUGAUAAUAAAACACCUACUAGAACAUCAACAUCAGACAGACCACAAGACGCAACAAAGGGCAACCAAAGAGUGGAAUAUCCAACUUUUAAAGUUGAUAAUAAAACACCUACUAGAACAUCAACAUCAGACAGACCACAAGACCCUGAGAGAUAUCCAAACAACAAAAAAACAGUUCCUGUUUCACAGUCCGAACCUGUUACUGAAACAGAUCCACUAGUGUCUAGGGCAGCACCAUUCUCUAUACCCCAUGACUCUGCAACAAAGGGCAACCAAAGAGUGGAAUAUCCAGCUUUUAAAGUUGAUCAUAAAGCACCCACUAGAGCACCAACAUCAUACAGACCACAAGACUCUGCAACAAGGGGCAACCAACGAGUGGAAUAUCCAGCUUUUAAAGUUGAUAAUAAAGCACCCACUAGAGCACCAACAUCAAACAGACCACAAGACUCUGCAACAAAGGGCAUCCAAAGAGUGGAAUAUCCAGCUUUUAAAGUUUAUAAUAAAGCACCUACUAGAGCACCAACAUCAGACAGACCACAAGACUCUGCAACAAAGGGCAUCCAAAGAGUGGAAUAUCCAGCUUUUAAAGUUUAUAAUAAAGCACCUACUAGAGCACCAACAUCAGACAGACCACAAGACUCUGCAGCAAAGGGCAACCAAAGAGUGGAAUAUCCAGCUUUUAAAGUUGAUAAUAAAGCACCUACUAGAGCACCAACAUCAUACAGACCACAAGAUUCUGCAUCACAACAACCAAUUCAGCAGAAUCGCGACAACAGGUUUGAGGACAGAAGAGCGUUUAAUAAUCCCAGACCUUUAUUUAGCUCUGCAACAAGCCAGCCUCAAGAACUUAAGCAACAGAGUUUUUCAUCUCUCAAGGUAAACAGAGGUGCUCCCACCACACAACCAAGGUAUCCUUUUCCGAGUGGACAGUCACAACACAUGUCUCAACACCAGCAGUCCAAUGUCGUGGCACAGCCUAAAAGAACUGGUUCUGCCCCUCCCAGAGCUCCAUUUCCACAUAUGCUGUUAAAUCAACCUGCACCAAGAGCUGUACAACCGAGCUUGCCUGUGGCACAGGAUGAGAUUACUGCUCAAUUCUUUGAAAGCAUCAAGACCAUGGAUGUUUCAGAAGUAGUUUCAACACUGAACAAAAUAACUACUACAAACCCAGCUUUUAAAGGAAUUCACGUUCCAAGCCUUGUGCAGCAUUUAACAGAAACAGGGAAGCUGAAGUCAUCCGAUACCACACAGUUUAAGCAAUGAGUGGCAUGCAGCAAUAUAUGCAGUGGGAGACAUGCAGAGAGAUCAAUUUCACCAUUUUCUAUAGCCCUAAAUAAAGGAGUAAACACAGAAGUUGUUAGUACUUAAGAGUUAAUGGUCUUUGUGUUUAAAGAACCCUGUAAUACUGUAGAUAGCAUAAGGGGAGCAAAUAGGGGAUUUAUUCAAGGCAUCACCAAAAUGUCUGUGUAAUGUAUCAACGGAGACUGACAAUGUUACUGGAGGGGCCGACCAACGCACAAAUACUUUACAGAGCUGUCCAAUGAACUUGCACUCCAGUAAUGAUCAUACAUUUCAAUUUCUCACUCCCAUCUAUGGGGAAAUAUUUUUUUAACUCUUGUAUUGUUUUCUCAUGAUGCUGAGACAAGGGAAGACUUUUAUUCAAAUGUUUGAGGAAAUAUGCAAAGAUCAUUGUGUAUAGCAAGAAAGUUAUCAGAAAUAAGGCAUAAGUGCUGAUGGACCGUAUGCUGUGACACAGAGAAUUACAUCACCAUACCAUUAUAUCAUAUCCAUUAGCGCCACAUUUACAGAUAUUUGACUGCUGGGUACAGCUGUGUUAUCUAGAGGUAGUUGAAACUCCAGGAAUUAUUUGCUACAUUUUGGCUACAAAUUGUUUUAGCAAUUUUAUGCUCUCACUAUAAUUAGUGCAAAUUAUCCAUUCCUUCCCCUAACCGUAGUGUUGGUCCUAAAUUCACAGAUCUCGUGUUGUUACAAGUAAAAUAAAAAAAUAAAAAUUCA